UCCUGUGUGUAUAAAACCUCAACUUUGAAACUGCACUGAUCACAAUUAUAAGAUGUCGUGCUCUCAGUGCUUUGAGAACCCACCGAACCUGAGCUCAACCUGUGGAGUAGGGACUGUUCAAGACUUUGGAGGCCUUCAAACUUACGUCACUGGUUCUCUAGAUUCUAAGCUUGCCAUCAUUCUCCUUUCUGAUAUUUUUGUUGCAGAUAAAUGUGCAGAAUCUGGAUUCUUGGUGGUAGUUCCUGAUUUUUUCUAUGGUGACCCUGUUAUUGAUUUUAAUGACCCUAACUUUGAUGUAAAGUCAUGGUUGGAAGUUCACAGCACGGAUAAAGGAUAUGAGGAUGCCAAAGCUGUGAUUGCAGCUUUGAAGAGUAAAGGGGUUUCUGCCAUUGGUGCUGGAGGUUUUUGCUGGGGAGGGAUGGUAUUAAUGAAAUUAGCAAGUUCUACUGACCUUCAUGCUGCAGUCGUUUUGCAUCCUGGUUCAAUCACAGAAGAUGAAGUCGAUGAUGUUAAGAUUCAUAUUGCUAUUCUGGGAGCUGAGUUUGACCAAUGGUCCCCACCGGAAAAAUUGAAACAGUUUGGAGAGAAGUUAUCAGCAAAAUCUGAGUUUGACAGCUACGUGAAAAUAUUCCCUGGUGUAGCUCAUGGAUGGACAGUAAGGUACAAUGUUGAUGAUGAGUCAGCUGUCAAAAGUGCUGAAGAGUCUCAUUUGGACAUGUUAAAUUGGUUUACCAAGUAUGUUAAGUGAAAAUUUGGUUUGUAAACUGGUGUGGACACUAGAUAUUAUGCCGAUUUGAACUAGAUUUUGUACUUUAUUUGAGUUUUGAAUAAGUUUGUUUUCUAU